GGGGAGUGAAGCGGCCGCCGCGAUGUGGCUGAAGCCUGAGGAGGUGCUGCUGAAAAAUGCCCUCAAGCUGUGGGUGCAGGAGCGCUCCAACCAAUACUUCGUGCUGCAGAGGCGGCGGGGCUACGGCGAGGAGGGCGGAGGAGGGCUGGCAGGUCUGCUUGUGGGAACAUUAGAUGCAGUGUUGGAUUCUACAUCGAAAGUCGCCCCGUUUCGCAUUUUGCAUCAGACACCAGACUCCCAAGUUUACUGGUCCAUUGCAUGUGGAUCUAGCAGAGAAGAAAUAACAGAACACUGGGACUGGUUAGAACAGAAUGUUAUGAAGACUUUAUCAGUAUUUGAUUCAAAUGAAGAUAUUACGAGCUUUGUCCAGGGAAAGAUAAGAGGUUUGAUUGCUGAAGAGGGAAAAGGUUCUUUUGUAAAAGAAGAAGAUCCUGAGAAGUUUCGUGAAGGUCUUAUGAAGUUUGAAAGGUGUUUUGGAUUACCAGAGCAGGAGAAGUUGGUGACCUAUUACUCAUGCAGUUACUGGAAGGGCAGAGUGCCCUGUCAAGGAUGGCUUUAUCUUAGUACCAACUUCCUUAGUUUUUACUCUUUUUUGCUGGGAGCAGAAGUGAAACUUAUUAUCUCCUGGGAUGAAAUAUCAAAACUUGAGAAGACUUCGAAUGUCAUUCUGACAGAGAGCAUUCAUGUGUGCUCCCGUGGGGAAGAUCAUUAUUUUUCCAUGUUUUUACACAUCAGUGAAACAUUCCUUCUUAUGGAGCAGCUGGCAAACUAUGCUGUAAGGAGACUGUUUGACAAGGAGACAUUUGAAAAUGACCUAGUCCUUCAUGACCCCCUGCAGAUCACCAAGAGAGGCCUAGAGAGCCGUGCCCACAGUGAGCAUUUUAGUGCAUUCUUUAGGCUACCCAAAGAAGAGACCUUGAAGGAAGUCCACGAGUGCUUCUUAUGGGUUCCUUUCAGUCACUACAGCACCCAUGGGAAAAUGUGCAUUUCAGAAAACUACAUCUGCUUUGCUAGCCAGGAUGGCAGCCUGUGCAGUGUAAUCAUUCCACUAAGAGAGGUCACAGGGGUGGAUACGGCAGAUCCAGCCAACAGAGGAGUCAGCAUUAGUACCAAAGGAAAAACAGCUUUUCGUUUCACGGAGGUUAGAGAUUUUGAGCAGCUUGUGGGAAAGCUCAGAAUGAAAUGCAAUGCAACUUCAAGUCCACAACACGUCAUAAAUACAGAGGUUGCGCCCAGUUCUGCCUCUGAAAGCCCCAGGGAGUUGGAUGUGGGACCAUCAAAGAUGAGUCAGAAAGAUAACAGCCAAACUGUCAGUACAGAAGCCCUAAUGACUGUCUACCAUCCUCAGGAUGCUGAGAAUCUAGACUCUAAAAUGUUGAAAGAAAAGAUGAAAGAACAGUCCUGGAACAUCCUCUUUGUCGAACGGGGACAUGGUGUCAGUAUGUUUCGAACUAAGAAGACUCGAGACCUUGUUGUGAGGGGGAUCCCAGAGGCAUUAAGAGGAGAACUCUGGCUACUCUUCUCAGGUGCUGUAAAUGAUAUGGCAUCCAACCCUGGAUAUUACACUGAGUUGGUGGGAAAGUCCUUAGGAACAUGUACUUUAGCUACUGAUGAAAUUGAACGAGAUUUACGUCGCUCCUUACCUGAGCAUCCUGCUUUUCAAAGUGACACGGGGAUUUCUGCUCUCAGGAGAGUUCUUACAGCUUAUGCGUACAGGAAUCCCCAGAUUGGAUAUUGUCAGGCAAUGAAUAUUUUGACAUCAGUACUUCUGCUGUAUGCGAAAGAGGAAGAAGCAUUCUGGCUUUUGGUUGCCGUGUGUGAAAGGAUGCUACCUGAUUAUUUCAAUCGUCGAAUCAUUGGUGCCUUGGUAGAUCAGGCAGUGUUUGAGGAGCUCAUCAGGGUUCAUCUGCCUCAGUUGACAGACCACAUGACGGACAUGACUUUUUUCUCCUCGGUCUCUCUCUCCUGGUUCCUUACCCUUUUUAUCAGCGUGCUGCCUAUUGAAAGUGCAGUCAAUGUGGUGGACUGUUUCUUCUAUGAUGGAAUAAAAGCAAUCUUGCAGCUGGGACUUGCAGUGCUGGAAUACAACAUGGAGAAGCUGCUGAUGUGUAAGGAUGAUGCAGAAGCAGUCACUGUUCUCAACAGAUUCUUUGACAGUGUCACUAACAAAGACAGUCCUUUGCCUCCAGCUGUGCAGCAGGGCUCCAACCUCAGCGAUACAAAGAGCGACCAUCCAAAAGUGGACAUUACUGAUUUGAUCCGAGAGUCAAAUGAAAGAUAUGGCGAUAUUCGGUAUGAAGAUGUUGAAAGCAUGCGUUGCAGGAACAGGCUUUAUGUGAUCCAGGCGUUAGAAGCGACAACCAAGCAGAAUGUGCUGCGUGUUGUGUCCCAGGAUGUAAAAUUCAGUCCCAGUGAUCUUGAAGAGCUUUAUGAGUUAUUCAAGAGGGAGCACUUUCUUUCGUGUUACUGGAAUGUAAAUAGUCCUGUCUUGCGACAUCAUGAUGCCAGUCUACCAUAUCUGGAGCAAUAUCGGAUUGAUUGCCAACAAUUCAGGGUUCUCUGUCAUCUCCUGAGCCCCUGGUCACACUGUGCAAACAGAGACUCACUUGCAUUGUGGACAUUCAGACUGAUGGAUGAGAGCUCUGAUGGCCUUAUAAACUUCAAACAAUUUGCCUGUGUUCUUGAUAUCAUGUAUAACAGAAGCUUCACUGACAAACUCAAGCUUCUUUUUAAGUUGCAUAUCCCACCAGCUUUUACUGAAGUAGAAUCCCUGAGCCCUUCCAAAGGUGGUGCUCUUUCAAAAGAAGAACUGAUGCACUUCAGCCAACUCAGUGUUUCAUCCAUUGAAGAUACUCUUGAAAGUGAUUCUUUGAAGAGCAGCCCAGAAAAAGUAGGGAAGGGCAAGGUUGAUAUUCAGGCAUAUCUGAAGCAAUGGCAAGAUGAACUUCUUAAAAAAGAAGAAAACAUUAAGGAUUUGCCAAGAAUGAAUCAGUCUCAGUUCAUCCAGUUUUCCAAAACUCUGUACAAUCUAUUCCAUGGGGAUCCUGAGGAGGAACUGUUAUAUCGGGCUAUAGCAGUGGUCACCAGCCUCCUGCUGAAAAUGGAAGAAGCUGUGAGAAGACUGCAGAGUCCCACAUCAUCGGUCAAAAGUCCAGUAGCCAUUAUGGAGGUGCCUGCUGAAAUCCCCAGAGAAGGGCAGGAGGAAAGCAGCUCUGAGCAGACUGAAGGCAGUGGAACACAGAGUUUAAGAGGGAACCAUGAAUGGUCUUUUGCCUUUGAACAGAUUCUGGCAUCCUUACUAAAUGAGCCAGCCUUUGUGAGGUUUUUUGAGAAACCUCAUGACAUAAAAGCUAAAAUAGAGAGUGCUAAAAAUUUACAGCUUAAAGCAAGAACCAGAAUGUAAUUUUCUUUACCUUUGACUGAAUUAACCACAUAAAGCACUUAUAAAUGAAGGUUGUUGCUAUGGAAAUUGUGUCUGGUGUUUACACAGGGAAUGGAGUUUGAAGAGUUAGCUUUAAAUAUCAGAUUACUGGUAUGUAAUGUAAAUAAAAAUAGUUUGAAGCACAA